AAUAAGGUCUUUGCAGCCUGUGAUGGUAACCGUCAGUCAAGGCUGAAGUUGCUUUUUAGUGGUUGCUGUGAGUCACAGAUGAUUAGGUAGGAGUGUUUUCUCUCCAUUGAUGAAAGUAUAAAAUCCAAUGCAAGUCUGUGUGUCUAUAUGUCUGCUGUUCCUGCUCUAUCCUUAUUGAUGAAAGCUACAAGAUCUGUCUUGACUGAACUGGGGGUCCCAAGACAAAGUAGCAGAAUACAAAGCCAAUCACAUUAAAUCAACUAGGGGAUUCUUUUGAAAUGGACUAUUCAUUGCCACCUCUAUCUCUUUUUAAAAAUAUACAGUAGAUAUCUCAAAUUUUGCAUUUUCUGUUUUCUCACAUUCUACGGGCACGAAGUGAACUAACUUCUUUGGAUUGGUGGAUUCAGAACUCUGCAUCGAAUAAGGAAUUAUUCUAUUUUUUUCUUUUUCUUUUUUUUACAACUGAUCUCAUUCAAUAAAGAUUACAGAAGGAUUUCUGGUGGAUUUUAUCUUUUAAGGGUUUUUUUUUUCUCCUAAUAAAUGCAUGUAAAAUUGAAUCUCUGCUCUUCAUAAUGAACACAACAGUACCCUGGAUUCUGAGGUUUCAGCCUGCCUUGCUUAAUGACACUGGAGAAGUCAAUAGUUCGGGUUUUGGCAGCAAAGGGGAUGGCGACUUCUGUGAGCAAGUCUUCAUCAAAGCUGAGGUGUUUUUGAUGCUGGGAAUCAUCAGCCUUCUUGAGAACGUCCUCGUCAUCCUUGCAGUGAUCAAGAAUGGCAACCUGCAUUCACCCAUGUACUUUUUUCUCUGUAGCCUGGCUGUGGCAGACAUACUAAUGGGUAUGUCCAAUGCCUUGGAAACCCUCAUGAUUGCCAUCCUGACCAGUGGCUAUUUAACCAUCGAUGAUCACUUCGUCCAGAACAUGGACAACAUUUUUGACUCCAUGAUCUGUAUCUCUUUGAUUGCCUCCAUCUGCAACCUUUUGAUCAUAGCAAUUGACAGGUACAUUACCAUUCUCUAUGCACUCCGGUACCACAGUAUCAUGACUGUGAAGAAGGCUCUGACACUCAUUGGGGUCAUCUGGAUCACCUGCAUCUUUUGUGGUAUCAUGUUCAUUGCCUAUUACGAGAGCAAAACGGUCAUUGUUUGCCUCAUCACCAUGUUCUUUACCAUGCUCUUCUUCAUGGCCCUGCUUUACAUUCAUAUGUUCCUGUUUGCACGUUUACAUGUCAAGCGUAUUGCAGCCCUCCCGGUGGAUGGGGUCCCUCGCCAACGCACCUGCAUCAAAGGGGCUGUCACUAUUACUAUUCUGUUGGGUGUCUUCAUCAUCUGCUGGGCACCCUUUUUCCUCCACCUUAUCCUCAUCAUUUCCUGCCCCACCAACCCACACUGCCUUUGCUAUACUUCUCACUUCAACACCUACCUGGUUCUUAUCAUGUGCAACUCUGUCAUUGAUCCCCUUAUAUAUGCUUUCCGGAGUCUGGAGAUGAGAAAGACCUUCAAGGAAAUGGCUUGUGGCUGUUGCAGCAUAAGCGCAGGGCAGUGCAUGCUCUGA